AGCGACCCCGAAUUAACUAAGAACAAGUCUUAAACCUCAUGCCGCUAAUUAAUGUAGGUUGACAUUUGUUACAUGUUAGAGUAACCGAUAACUCCAAUUAAUGGUAUUUGUUUUUAAUAUUGAUUAUAUGAAUCUGUCUUUUCAGGGUAACAACAUAGCCGCUAUAAAUGACUGGGAACUGGCCCAUAAUUUACAAGAUAUAACUUUCGGAGAACAUUCCCUGACCACAAUCGCAGAUCACGCCUUCAUUUAUUCUGCCAAAAGUCUUCAGAAACUCAUAUUCUCGUCCACUAAUCUGACCUCCCUACCGUGGGCCUUGAUGGACCUCAGUUCUCUUCAGUAUUUGCGUUGGGACAGUAGUCAUGUUCUCACAUGGAACACAACCAUUUUGGCGAGCAUUGGACCCUCGCUGAAAACUCUAAGUCUGUCAAAACUGACGACGCCAAUCUUUCCUCCAGACUGGCUCAAGUUGCUGCCAAAGUUGGAGACCCUUGAGAUAUACGGGGUUGCUUUUGGUCAGCUGAGUAGUAAGCCACUGGACCCACCAGCCAGUCACAUUAGAAGACUUGUGUUCACAGACUCCAACCUAACGAAAAUCCCACAGGAAAUGUUUACGUUUUUCCCGGAUUUGACCAGCCUCAAUUUGGCGUCCAAUUCAAUAAGCGAUCUCAGCAACCUGAAAGACUUAAAAAUCUCUCGCAAUCUGUCAAAGUUAUAUAUGGGCAACAAUCACAUUGACAAUAUCGGCCCUCUGUUUUAUUUGACUGGUAUUGAAGGUCUCGACAUAUCGGGUAACAGAAUCUGUGACCACGAGCACAUACCUUACGCCCUAAUACCCAACGAAAACUCUUUGAGUUAUCUAGAUCUCUCUAAAAACUGCCUUACUCAAAUACCUCACCUGUUAUUCAUGACUGAAUUGAAAGAAUUACGUCUGUAUUACAACAAUAUUUCAACCGCGUCUUCGGGUUCGUUACCUUUGUCAUUGAUAAAUCUUGAUCUAAGCGUAAACUUAAUGACAACUAUUCCAGAAUAUAUAUCAAAAUUGUCGAAUCUGCACAGUCUAUAUUUGUCCUAUAAUAAAAUCAAAUCGAUUGUAAAAUUUGAGUUCCCCUCAACCCUUCUGAAACUAGACAUCUCGGGCAAUGACAUAGAAGUAAUUCCGUCACUACAAUUUUCGAACAACAUUUCGAAUUUAACACACAUGUUUUUAACAGGAAACCCAAUCAAAACAAUCGCAGACGAUGCCUUCAGCAACCUCCAUGAGUUGAGCUAUCUAGACCUGGACAGAACACACUUAGUCCGUUUACCCCCGGCGCUGUUGGCUUUAAACAAACUAAACCAUCUGUACCUGCCCAACACUCUCACGUGUUCCUGUGACGACAUGGCGUUCACGACAUGGUACCAGAAUGUGACACAUCGGGACGGAAAGUGUGACGGCACGGAUCUAAGUCUUAAGCUAGAUCAGCUCCCAGGCCAGUGCCCCAUGUCUUGAGCAGUCAGCAUCUCUGUCUGUCUGUCACAUAAUAAACUGUCUUGUUUGUUUGUCUA